AUGAGUCGCAUUCGCUUCCCGCGAACAAUAACUCAACUCCACAUCCCUAGACAGCAGGUUCGAUUCUUUGUCCGGGACCCUUUCUCCAACAAGCUCACCCAUUAUAUUCGUCGAGCCGACUUGAUCGAUUCCAUUCGACUCAACCUCCGUUCAUCGAGGACACCGACCUCGCUCCCCCUCGAGCUACUGAACAACCCGGCUGCUGGACCCAUUCGUGGUCACCCACGCUAUCCGUUCUGCGCCAAAUGCCGACUCUGCGCUUUCCCUCGUCGAAGCCCUCAAAGACGCCGUCCUUAA